GUUUGUUGGAGUUGGAAGGCACGAUGGACUCGAGCUUGGAUCCGCAGUGUUAUCAUGGCUGGACAUGUGAAUCAGGCAUCGAUUGCACAUUUUGAGAUUCUCUCCAGCCUCCGGCAUGCCCUCGAAUCCUCUGCCGCCAUACUGGAUUGAUUAAAUACCAUGAAGAUCAAUUACCAUCACAGGCAAGUAAUGUGUAGGCUCAUACUACCUCACACGACUCCUGCAUGAGGGCUCGCUGGACGCCCAUCUCGCGAAAAUACCCCAAUCACUCUGCCGCCGCUACAAUUGCACGUGCAUGCUCUCGCCGAAGAGCCAAAGGAUCAGAUGUGGAGUCCGACGAUCAUGCAAAUGAUUAUGCAUCUACAUUGCGGCACAACAUCCAAUCACACUGUCCUCUGGUAUCCGGCUCCCACACCACAACACCAAUGUCGCUUGGCCCAAGAGUCCCCACCCAGGUAACAGGCUUCGCAAGGUGCGGCACAGAGGUUUCCCUCCUUUGCGAUACUUCGAUGGCGGAGCCAAGAUCAAGAUCGCUUAAUCCUGGUCAAGGACUCGACACCAACAACAGGGCAAUCCUACAUGCAGAGUAACUCAGGUCAUGAUCUCAAGCAUUGCCAAGUGUAUUGUGCUUUACAUCUACACCCUUCCUCCAGCUCCGCGUACCUCCAGAAUAAUGUUCCGUUCUACUGGAAUUACCUU